CGGGCAAAUGUAACAAUAGAGCAGCAAGUGCUAGCGUCAAGCUAAUUGCUAACUGCUAACAACAUAACCCCCCUUCCCCUGCACCGUUUGGGGCUUAGCUUUUGGGUGUCUGUGGGCUCAACAGGGUAAACAUGCAGAAAUAUGAAAAGCUCGAAAAAAUCGGAGAAGGUACAUAUGGGACCGUUUUCAAGGCUAAAAACAGAGAAACACAUGAAAUCGUGGCUCUAAAAAGAGUCCGUUUGGACGACGAUGACGAGGGCGUGCCAAGCUCUGCCCUGAGAGAAAUAUGUCUGCUCAAGGAGCUCAAACAUAAAAACAUUGUCAGACUACAUGACGUUUUGCACAGUGACAAGAAGUUAACGUUGGUGUUUGAAUAUUGUGACCAGGAUUUGAAGAAAUACUUUGACAGCUGCAAUGGGGAUUUAGACCCUGAAACAGUAAAGUCGUUCAUGUCCCAGCUGUUGAAAGGACUCGCUUUCUGUCACAGUCGGAAUGUUCUUCACAGAGAUCUGAAGCCGCAGAAUCUUCUCAUCAACAGAAACGGGGAGCUGAAGCUGGCUGACUUUGGGUUAGCGCGAGCUUUUGGCAUUCCUGUGAGGUGUUACUCUGCUGAGGUGGUGACAUUGUGGUACCGACCCCCAGAUGUGCUAUUUGGUGCUAAACUCUAUUCUACCUCUAUUGACAUGUGGUCUGCCGGCUGUAUUUUUGCAGAGCUGGCAAACGCUGGAAGGCCUUUAUUUCCUGGUAACGACGUGGAUGACCAGUUAAAAAGAAUCUUCAGGUUGUUGGGAACGCCGACAGAAGAACAGUGGCAGACGAUGACCAAGCUCCCAGAUUACAAGCCAUAUCCUUUGUAUCCGGCUACCACCUCACUGGUCAACGUGGUGCCCAAGCUGAGUAGCACAGGUCGAGAUCUCCUCCAGAACCUUCUGAAAUGUAACCCGGUCCAGAGGAUCUCUGCAGAAGAAGCCUUGCAGCACCCUUACUUUCCAGACUUCUGCCCUCCCUAAAUCCCUGGCAGCCCCUCCCGCUCGGCUACCACAAUCAAUUCUCCCGUCACGCGAGCAGGUCAUCAGAAGCAAGCCAAGCCCUCUCCGCUCAAGUAAAAACAUGUCUCAUUGAGUCCAAAGCUGCUUUUUCCACUGCACGGUACUGACUCGACUCUUCCACGCUGAAGAUGAGCUUAUAAACAAACUAAAACUUCAGAACCGUAAUUACAUUUUAGCGAGCUAGGUAGCACAGCAACAGCUGCUCAUGUUCUAUUUCCUAGUCAUGCUUGUUUGUUGCCAGGCAGCAUUUGUCAUUGUCUCCUGAAACCCAAUUAAAAAUGCUCAUUAGUCUAUUUCCUUGGAAACUUAGGGAAGAGAAAGGACAGUGAGGGUCGGCUAACUCAUUAACAUGACAGAACAAUAUUACAUCGGUGUAUAAUUAUUUAGUGUUUUUACUGUAUUUCCUCAUAUAGUGGUCUGGGGCACUUAUUUACUCACCUGCAGAGAGUAGCAGGCAUCUUUUAGUGGUAAAUGUUUGAUAAGAGGGAGGCCUAUAUUUGAACAGAAGCAUUUUUAUAAUAAAAAUAAUUUUGCCCACACACAUACAUUAAAUAUUGUAUAAAGUGUUAUGGCCUCUGUCGCACAAAUGUAUUUUCAUUACAAUGAAUAAUACGAUUUUGAUUUAAUAAUACAUUGUAAAUAUUACAAUACAAGUUAGAAUACUAAUUGGCCAUGAUGCAAAAUUUUGUGUUCAUAUGUCGGCGGGUAAAUCUGAGAGUAUUUUUUCAUAAGAAAUGUGCAACAUUAUCUCAGGUUGUUAAACCGUUUUAAGCAACAGCAAAAUAAGUUAUUGACUUACAGGUGUUUCAUUUUGUGCAGCGCACGGCCGAUUAUGGAAAAAAAUAAAAUAAACAAUUCAUGAUUUCCCCGGCGUCAUGCAAGUGUGCACUGAUUUUAAAGAUGCUAUGAGUGAUAUAGCACUAUAUUGAUGAACAGAUGCCUCAUAAUGCACGACCAAGUCCGCUGUGGGAAGGACCAUAUUCUCCCAUGUGCUUAAGUGAAAACAGCUGUGCGAUUGUGUGGAUUCUCCCUCUCGACCUCAGUCAAAGAUGCGCACUCAGGCUGGAGCAAGCCUUAAAUGUGGGCGUUCCCGUGUCAAAUCUGGCCUUCCGCGUAGUCCCGUGAUGAUUUCAAUACUUGCAAACUCUUGGCAUUCUCUCGAUGAGCUUCAAGAGGUAGUCAUCUGAAAUGGUUUUCACUUCACAGGUGUGCUUGAAUCUCAUUGAGAGAAUGCCAAGAGUGUGCAAAGCAGUAAUCAGAGCAAAGGGUGGCUAUUUUGAAGAAACUAGAAUAUAAGACAUGUUUUCAGUUAUUUCACCUUUUUAUGUUAAGUACACAACUCCACAUGUGUUCAUUCAUAGUUUUGAUGCCUUCAGUGACAAUCUAGCAAAAUAGUCAUGAAAAUAAAGAAAACUCAUUGAAUGAGAAGACGUGUCCAAACUUUUGGCCUGUACUGUAUGUGACUAUUUAACAGAAAAUACAUUCAUGAGGCCGUGUCUAUCAAUUAAUUUGAUAUUUUUGACAGUUAAUAUCAAACUCACGCUGCCCACGCGCACACACACACAAAAACACACAAAGAGCUGUAUAAGCCCAUCUUUACGCUUCACAAACAGUUCAAUUCUUAAAAUCACAAUUAACAUCUGGCUGGUUAUGUGAUAACAAGUACACAAAGUUACAUCAAGUCGGAAGAAGACGCUGUUGUAGCGUGCAUACACACACUACAUCACCAUGGCGACACAUGUACGCGUCUGAAUUGCUUGGUUUGAUACGGCCUUGUCAUAUUUAAAGUGUUUCAAUGACAUUUACAGGUGUUAAGUAGAACUCCAUGAUUCUCACACAACCGAGCAAAAUACGGAAAGUGUAAUGAGCCCGCCUAUAUUCACAACUCGGGCCUCACUUCAGCCUGCGUGUCCGCAGGCUGAAUGGGAGGAUACGAAAAAGAGAAGCAUGCGUAAUAUUAGCACACCAAACGGGAGAAGAAGGACCCUAUGUGGGCAUGAGAUGUGUAAGUUAGAACAAAAGGCUGCACAGACGAUCUAGAGCAGGAGUGUCAAACUCAUUUUAGCUCAGGGGCCACAUGGAGGAAAAUCCAUUCCCAAGUGGGCCGGACUGGUAAAUUUAUGGCACUAAAUUUCCCCCAGGGAUCAAUGAAGUACCUUCUAUUCUAUCUAUAAGAACCUAAAAAUCAAGACAACUUCAGAUUGUUUUCUUUGUUUUACUUUGGCCAAAAAUAGAACAAGCACAUUGUGAAAAAGUACAAUUCCCAAAUAAUCUUCUUGACAAAACACUUGAAGUUAGUUGAAAAUUGUGAGGCAAAAAUUGGUGCAGUUUCAAAAACACCAUGAAGAACACAAUGACCUUAGACUGUCUCAGUGUAUCUACAAACACUAAGUCACAGCCUAUUUGGGAUUGAACCAAAUAAAUAAUAGAUAAAAAGUCUUCUAAUGUAGGUAUCAAAUACCUCAUUUGUUAUUUCCACAUAUUAAUCCUGUACUAACUCAACAAACCAUACAAAUGGAGGUAGAAACUAUUCAGAGACUUGAGUUACUCUUUGCGUUCACUUUUCUCAUUUUUGACGGAGACAUUUUAAAGUUAAAGUACCAAUGAUUGUCACACACACACUAUGUGUGGUGAAAUUAUCCUCUGCAUUUGACCCAUCACCCUUAAUCACGCCCUGGGAGGUGAGGGGAGCAGUGAGCAGCAGCGGUGGCCCCGCCCGGGGAUCAUUUUUGUGAUUUAGCAGGUGACGUUUCAUUUGGGUCGAGGGGGAGGAGCCGUAGCCACGCUUUACCGGGUACCUCUUGCUUGGUAUAAACAGUUUACUUGCCUCACAGAAUUGCUAUUGUGACAUCCAGUGGACACAUUUAGAAAAACAGUUUCUUUCAUGAAAAAACUUCAGCUCAUUUAUGUACUCUGCAAACAUAACUCGCGGGCCGGAUAAAACCUGUUUGCAGGCCUGAUCGUACGUUUGACACCCUUGAUCUAGAUCAUGCCAAAUCUACGGGGAAAAAACUAAACAGACACCAAAUUUUUCUGUGGCGAGCUACCACAAAUAAAUGAAAGUAUGGGAAAGUGGUAGUUGUGAAAGUGAGGUAUAUUUCUUGAUAAAGUGAAUGACCCUACCUGCUGGUUGAGGUCACUAUUUGAGGAAAUGCAGUAUGUCAGCUAUCAGUGAAGUUGGUACCUUGGGCAGGAAAAAGAGCAGCAGGUUUAAUUAGUCACUUAAGUGUUAGUUUCUUUCAGCUAAAACUUUUGUCUGUUUUCAAUCUUUGAUCAAGGCUGAGCUUGAUGCCCUUCGGUCUGUGCUGAUGAAAUCCAGUGAAAGCACUUUUUGUAACGGCGGGCGGGCGGCUGUGUUGAAGGAAUGCAACUGCUGUCAAAUUAGGUCGAGAUAGUGACAAUAUUAAUACUUACGUGUGUUCUUGGGUGGAGAGGCAGCUGAUGUCAUGAACUUUGUCACCCGUAGAAAAACAUGUCAGCUUAACCUAAACAGCAUUGAUCAUUUGGAGGGAAAACAAGCAGAAAAACACUCGGAAUACACACGUUGUGUUCCAACUUCUCUUAUAUAGCAAUACAAUUCAACAAACUUGUAUUUUCGUCCCGCUCGCCAGCCUGUGUUGAAGAUUGUAAAAAAAGAUAUUGACAAUGGCACGAGAAGCUAUUUUAUUUGAUGAUUUCCCCCACAUUCUUUGCACACUUUUUACCUGACUGUCAGACGUCCUGACGUGUGUGAAGUUUAACACCUGAGAUUAUCACAGCUGGUUUUCCACAAACGGGCCAAUACUUUAUGAAUAAAACUGUGGACCACGGUGAUACUUCUUAGAGAAGAAAUGGGACAUCUUUCAUUUGCACCGAUUGUAAGUGCUUCUACUUCUUCUCCCACGAAGGCCUACAAAAGGUAUUUGGUGCAGCUAUCUUCCAUUUUGUUUUUUAGUUUUGCAGAAAUGGUUGCAUGUAUUUAUUAUUAUUAUUGCUGGAAUGUGAAGCAUGUUUCAUACUACUGUUAGCAGGCUGUGUGUAGAUAUUUUGGUGUGUGUGGAUUAAGUUAUAAUGAAAAACAAAACCCAACAAAAAUGUGUUUUUGUGGAGUUUCAGACAAAAAGACGGCCGUAGACUUCUUUGAUACAGUUUGUCAUUUUCAACUUUUUUUUUCUUUUUUGCACUUUUUGUUAGCACAUUUGUUUGCUUCUGUUGGCAGAAGCCGGGACAGUUUUUGUUAUCACGGAUAUUUUUGUUUCUGUACAUUUCAGCCAAUAAGAUUCAGUGUUCAGUAAAGUGGACGUAAACACG